AACAUGUGGCCGUGUGUGGAGUGAACAUCGCGCUCGUCUCCAGGUGUCUCCACCGUGUCUCUGAGAGUGUCACAGCCGCAGACAUGACUCUGUCUCUGGGAUGGCUCUCGGCUCUGGUCGCGGGUGUUUUCUCCGCUCAUGUUUUGCAGAAGCUCUGCUUCCCAUACUUCUGGAGAGACCUCCUCUUUCUGCUGAGGGUGAUCAGGUACGGCGUGAAGCUGGAGCUGUUCAAGAUCACAUCCAGCGUGUGCACGGUCCUGGAGCGGUUCAUCCAGCAGGCGCAGCGCAUCCCCAACAAGCCGUUUGUCAUCUACGAUGGACGGAUCCACACCUACCGGGACAUCGAGCAGCGGAGCAACAGGCUCGCCAAUGUUUUCCUCGAGAAAGUCAACCUGAGGAAAGGAGACUGUGUUGCCUUGCUCAUGGGCAACGAGCCCGACUUCCUGUGCGUUUGGUUCGGGUUGGCGAAGGUCGGCUGCUCGGUGGCUUUCCUCAACACUAACAUCAAGGCCAAGUCUCUACUGCACUGCUUCAACUGCUGUGGAGCCAAGACUCUGAUUGUUGGUUCAGAUUUGGUGGACUGUCUGGACGGGAUCCUGACCAGCCUGCUGGACGACAACAUCCAGGUGUGGGCCAUGAAGAGCCAGAGCGAGCACACACAGGUGCACACUCUGCUGGAUAAGGUCGACGCUGCCUCCGAUCGUCCUGUACCGGCAGCGCUGCGGGCCACCACCUCCCUCAAAUCCCCCACCCUGUACAUCUUCACCUCCGGAACAACUGGGCUCCCGAAAGCUGCAGUGAUCACGCACCUACAGAGUCUGAAGGCAGCGGCGGGUUUCUGGGCGUUUGGGGGGACUGAAGACGAUGUGGUCUACAUCCCUCUGCCGCUCUACCACAGCGCAGCUUCUCUGAUCGGUAUAGGAGGAACUAUAGAGCUGGGUGCAACCUGCGUGUUGAAGAAGAAGUUCUCAGCCUCACAGUUCUGGAACGACUGUAGAAAACAUGACGUGACUGUUUUCCAGUAUAUAGGUGAACUGUGCAGAUACCUCUGCAACCAGCCCAAGACAGAGGUGGAUAAAGUUCACAAGGUGCGGAUGGGGGUGGGGAACGGGCUGCGGCAGGACGUGUGGCGGGAGUUCCAGAGUCGCUUUGGGAACAUUAAGAUGUGCGAGGUGUACGGCUCCACGGAGGGAAACCUCUGUUUCAUGAACCACAUCGGCAAGAUUGGAACUGUGGGCCGCUCCAACUUCUUCUACAGGCUCCUGUUCAAGUACGAUCUGGUGAAGUAUGACAUGGAGAAAGACGAGGCAGUGAAAGAUCAACACGGUUUCUGUCAGCGAGUGGAGAGAGGUGAGACGGGGCUUCUUCUGUCCAAGGUGAGCGCCCUCAGCCCGUUCUUCGGCUACGCUGGGAGCAAACAGCUGACUGAGAAGAAGCUGAUGAGGAACGUGUUUGUGAAGGGAGACGCCUACUUUAACACGGGCGACCUAAUGGCUGAGGACCAGGAGGGCUUCAUCUGUUUCAGAGACAGAGUGGGAGACACCUUCAGGUGGAAAGGUGAAAAUGUAGCGACCACAGAGGUGACAGAGACUCUGGGGCUGGUGGAUUUUAUCCAAGAGGUCAAUGUGUAUGGAGUGGAAAUACAAGGGCACGAGGGCAGAGCAGGAAUGGCUGCCAUGAUAAUGAGACCAGGCCUCACGUUUGAUGGGAAGAAGCUGUUUGAACAUGUGAAGAGGGAUCUCCCAGCGUACGCUCACCCACUGUUCAUCAGGCUGCAGGAAACCAUGGAAACAACAAGCACCUUCAAGCAGCAGAAGUUCCAGCUGGUGCGGAGCGGCUUCAACCCCUCAACUAUCUCUGACCCCCUCUAUGUGUUGGACUACCAGCAGAGGAGCUACAUCCCUCUGACGGACAGUAUCUACCAGAGCAUCCUCGCUGGAGAACGCAAGUUAUAGACCUCGCACGUCUGGGUAUGAUGAGAAACAGUGCACAAAGAGGGAUGUGAAUGAGCUCUGCUGACUGCAGUGUUUUAUAUUUAAUGGAGCCACGAGCCUACAAUCAGGUUGAAUGAAAAUACAUCAUCACCUUAGUUGACUGUAUACACAUGAACAGUAAUGUCCCUAUGAGUUAUUAUUGUUAAAUAAUAUAUAAAGUAUAAUAUAGAGACCGUGACAAAUUAAAGGAAAAACUUGAAAAAUGAGGAGAAUCAGGAUGAAAAUGUUUCUAUCCACAGGUCACAUCCCCCUGGUUCCCUCCACUAACAGUCAAUGGGAUUUUAACAUUGUCUCUUGGAUUAUUAGAGAAAAUAAACAACAGUUAAUGAUCCUGACAGGUUUAGUUCAGCAGGAUCAUCUUCACUAAUGAACU